GCCGUUUACAGCAUUAGACAAAUAGUAAACCUCUUGUAGCCGGUAAACACAUUGACUCCUGUGGCGGCAAACACCUGAUGUUUACUGGCUAGUCCGGUCACUUUUCUGGCUCUUUAUUUUCUCUCUGACCUCAGCUUUAUAGUUUAUACUCGCUUCGGUUCUCUGUUUCUCUACAGACGAUCACUGUUCGGUUAUUUUUGUUCUGAGAACAAUGAAGGGCGGCAAGGGUAAGGGUGCGACAUCGAAGGAAGCUUUGAAGCCUGUUGAUGACCGAAAGGUUGGAAAGAGGAAGGCUGCUGCUAAGGUUGAUAAGAGUAGUGCACUGAAAGCUAAGAAGGCAAAGAAGGACCCAAAUAAACCAAAGAGGCCUGCUAGUGCUUUCUUUGUUUUCCUUGAGGAGUUCAGGAAAACCUUCAAGAAAGACAAUCCUCAUGUGACUGCUGUGUCAGCUGUUGGGAAAGCUGCAGGAGAGAAGUGGAAAUCAAUGUCUCCUGAUGAAAAAGCUCCAUAUGAAGCCAAAGCAGCAAAAGGGAAGGUUGAAUAUGGAAAGCUUAUGAAUGCUUACAAUAAGAAACAGGAAGACAUAGCUGAUGAUGGUGAUGAGGAGUCUGACAAGUCAAAGUCUGAAGUGCAUGAUGAAGAGGAGGAUGAGGCCAAUGGGGAGAAAAAGCAUCAAUCGGUGGAGGAAGAAGAAGAGGAAGAGGUGGAAGAAGAAGAAGAGGAAGAUGAUGAAGAUGAAGAUGAUUGAAAUGGGAUGAUAAUGACUUGGACAUAUAAUGGUUGAAUUUUUGUCGUGUUAAUAUUCUCUUAGGCUAGACCUGCUGGCUUUUUUGAAAGAGGAAAAUAUUAUCCUUAUCGUGCUGUCAUAUGGUUUUUGUAACUUGUAUGAAGAUUCAGCAUGAAUUAUCCUCUUUUAUACAUAGUAGUUCUUGAUUCCCUGCCGA